AAAAAAAAAUUGUGAAAUUCUCAUGAUGUCGAGUGUUUGCGCAUGCGUAUUACCUACUAUUUCUUGCGCACUAGUCUACCUCCUCGAAGCAGUUGGUUAGUAAGGCUUGAUAAUUUUAAGCAGUACACCGAUCUAAGUUAAAAUUGUCAUGGCUCCUCCUGCUUAUAAUGAUCUGGGUAAAAAUGCCCGCGACGUUUUUGGCAAGGGAUAUCAUUUUGGUCUCUUGAAAUUAGAUGUAAAGACUAAGACAGACUCUGGUGUUGAGUUUUCUAGUGGUGGAGUGUCUAAUCAGGACACUGGAAAAGUUUUUGGUACUUUAGAGACCAAAUACAAAAUUAAGGAAUAUGGCUUGACUUUCGCUGAAAAGUGGAACACAGAUAAUACUCUGGGAACAGAUAUAACUAUUGCGGACAAGCUUCUUCAAGGACUCACUGUUGGGUACAGCUGUACCUUCUCACCACAGACUGGAAACAAGAGUGGUAAAUUAAAAACCACGUACAAACAUGAUAAUGUCUCAGCUAAUGCUGAUUUUGAUUUGAGCUUAUCAGCUGGACCACUGAUCAAUGCCUCUGCCGUGGUUGGAUACCAAGGAUGGCUGGCUGGUUAUCAAGCCACCUUCGACUCUCAGAGAAGCAAAAUUACAAAGAACAAUUUCGCACUUGGUUUCACCGCAUCGGACUUUGCUCUGCACACUUCAGUGGAUAACGGCCGUGAUUUUGGUGGAUCUAUUUAUCACAAGAUCAAGCCUGGACUAGAAGGAGCCAUUAACUUGGCCUGGAACUCUAGCAACAACGUGACGCAAUUUGCUCUGGGAUCUAAAUACGAUCUUGACCAGGAUGCCAGCGUCAGGGCCAAAGUGAACUCCCAACUACAAAUUGGUUUGGGAUACCAACAAAAGCUACGUGAAGGUGUUACUUUGACACUGUCUACAAAUAUCGAUGGAAAGAACUUCGGGUCAGGUGGCCACAAGAUUGGUUUCGCAUUAGACCUUGAAGCUUAAAUGUCCUUAUUCAAUUCAAGCAUACACUCACAUAAGUACAUACACAGAGAGAACACGCAACGAGGAUUCUAACCUAUUCGUAAUAUUUACCUAUAAUUCUCAUGGCGCAGAUACCCAUACUGCAAUUAAGUGCUUCAGUUCUGAGAACAUGAUCGCAACCUUAUGUAGGGGGAUAUACGUAUCCUUAAAGUGGCUGCUUUGUUAGUAUCAUAAAUCACAUGAAGAUGAGAAACCUUGUGGUGAUUAAUUUAGCAGUUAUCGUUACAGUGACUCUAUCAUGUAUAACAAUUGACAGUUAAUGCAAUUUAUCACCAACAAAUUUCCUUGUAUCAUUCUGCAAGUAAUUGAUUAUUCUACUUGAGAUAUUGUCUGUCAUUGUUGAGAUGCUAUUUAAACAAGAACGAAGAUCCGUACUGAGCGAGUUUGCUGAAACACGUUGAAUGUAAAGUUAGAAAUUGUGUGAAGUUAUGAGGGAUUACGUACUGAUUCAUCAGCAUACAACAGUAUUUAUAGUAAUCGUGAAUGAAACAACAUCAAUAAAGUUAUAGGUCAUUCACUUAGA